AUGGGUAAACAGAACAGUAAACUUCGUCCCGAGGUUUUAUCAGAUCUUAAAGAAGAGACGGACUUCAAUGAGCACGAGCUCCAAGAAUGGUACAAAGGUUUCCUCAAAGACUGCCCGAGCGGCCAUCUCACUGUCGACGAGUUUAAGAAAAUCUACGGCAAUUUUUUCCCCUAUGGUGACGCGACAAAGUUUGCGGAGCACGUUUUUCGCACUUUCGACGUGAACCAGGACAACUCGAUAGAUUUCCGGGAAUUCAUUUGUGCGCUGUCCGUGACGUCACGAGGCAAAUUGGAGCAGAAGUUGAAGUGGGCGUUUAGUAUGUACGACCUUGAUGGCAAUGGAUUUAUAUCAAGGUAUGAAUAGUCUCUUCUUUCCUGCCUGCUUUUGUGUACACAAGUUAUAACAAACUUGCAGCAAACUUGUAGCAAUGCUGUAAUUGCUGUUCCAACAGAUUGUCAACAGGAUGUGUUCGCACUGCUUGUUCCCAGCUUUUUGACAAGUUGUCAACGGCUUGUUCACAACUUGCUACAAGAUCGUUGAGCUCAACAGACUUGUUACAAGUUGUUCCAACACCUUUUUAUCGUCCUGCAAUUCAACAAUUUGUCAACAAGUUGUGAGUGACAACCUUGUAGCAACUUGAUGAAAUAACAGCAUUGUUACAACUUGUCUACAAGCUUGCUACAAGCCUGUUGCGAACACAUCUUGUUGACAAUUUGUGAGUGACAACCUUGUAGAAACUUGAUGAAAUAACAACAUUGUUACAACUUGCUGACGAGCUUGCUACAAGCAUGUUGCGAACACAUAUUGUUGACAAGUUGUGAGUGACAACCUUGUAGCAACUUGAUGAAAUAACAGCAUUGUUACAACUUGUUGACAAGCUUGCUACAAGCAUGUUGCGAACACAUCUUGUUGACAAGUUGUGAGUGACAACCUUGAAGCAACUUGAUGAAAUAACAGCAUUGUUACAACUUGUUGACGAGCUUGCUACAAGCAUGUUGCGAACACAUCUUGUUGACAAGUUGUGAGCGACAACCUUGUAGCAACUUGAUGAAAUAACAACAUUUUUACAACUUGCUGACAAGCUUGUUACAAGCCUGUUGCGAACACAUCUUGUUGACAAAUUGUGAGCGACAACCUUGUAGCAACUUGAUGAAAUACAACAUUGUUACAACUUGCUGACAAGCUUGCUACAAGGCUGUUGCGAACACAUCUUGUCGACAAAUUGUGAGCGACAACCUUGCAGCAACUUGAUGAAAUACAAUAUUGUUACAACUUGCUGACAAGCUUGUUACAAGCCUGUUGCGAACACAUCUUGUUGACAAAUUGUGAGCGACAACCUUGUAGCAACUUGAUGAAAUACAACAUUGUUACAACUUGCUGACAAGCUUGCUACAAGGCUGUUGCGAACACAUCUUGUCGACAAAUUGUGAGCGACAACCUUGCAGCAACUUGAUGAAAUACAAUAUUGUUACAACUUGUUGACAAGCUUGCUACAAGCCUGUUGCGAACACAUCUUGUUGACAAGUUGUGUGAUUUUUACUUGUGUAUAUUCCCAUUGAAUGUGUAAAAGUAUUUUGUACAUCUUACUUUUGCUUUCUCGCAUUAGGCAUGAAAUGUUGGAGAUUGUGAAAGCCAUCUACAAGAUGGUCGGUACGGUGAUGAAGAUGCCUGAAGACGAAAGCACCCCAGAGAAGAGGGUGGACAAAAUCUUCCGACAGAUGGAUAAAAAUUUCGACGGAAAAUUAUCCCUUUCUGAAUUCAUUGAAGGUGCAAAGAGCGAUCCUUCUAUAGUGCGCCUGCUACAAUGCGAUCCAGCCGCUGGCGCCUCGGCGUGA